AUGGCUUGGAAGACCUGGGUUGUUUCCUUGUUGGCUGGUGCGGCCAGUGUGCGAGCUGUCGCGCCACCUCUGGCAGCACCGAUAAUACCAGGCAGAUACAUUGUAGAGUUCCAAGAUGGCCAGGACGGAGGUGCUUUCAUCGACUCCAUCGCCCAUGAGGCAGACAAGAAGAUGGACUUGAACUACAAGCUGUUCAAGGGCGCGUCGAUUAAGUUUCACGACGCGGAAAAGUCGGUCGAGACAGCGGCCAAGGUGGCAUCCAUGCCGGCGGUCAAGGCGAUCUGGCCAGUGAGAAGGUACAGCAUCCCCGAGUACACGCUGCACUGGGCAGGCGGAGCGGAAGCUGCGGUAGGCAUGACCAAGCGCCAGGCUCCCAACAACCAGAACGACACGUUCUCCACGCACAUCAUGACGCAGGUAGACAAGCUCAAGGCCGAGGGGUACUUUGGCGAGGGCAUCAAGAUCGCUGUCAUCGACACCGGCGUGGACUACAAGCACCCUGACCUCGGAGGUUGCUUCGGCCCCGGCUGUCUCGUAUCCUUUGGCACAGAUCUCGUCGGCGAUCAGUUCAAUGGCAAGAACACGCCGGUCCCAGACCCUGAUCCGUAUGACGGGUGCAAUGGGCACGGUACCCACGUCGCCGGUAUCAUUGCGGCUCAAGGAAACAACCAAUUUGGCGUCUUGGGAGCUGCUCCUGGAGUCACCCUGGGCAGCUACCGUGUCUUCGGCUGCAACGGGGACGUCCCAAACGACGUGCUCAUCGCGGCGUACAACCAAGCCUUUGAGGCUGGCGCAGACAUCAUCACCGCUUCCAUCGGCGGCCCUUCGGGGUGGAGCGAGGACCCGUGGGCAGUCGUGGUGUCGCGCAUUGUGGACCAAGGGGUGCCAUGCACUACCUCUGCCGGAAACUCGGGUGCCACGGGCAUGUUCUUCGCGAGCACAGCAUCGAAUGGAAAGGGAGUCACGUCUGUGGCAUCGGUUGACAACACCAAGGCGCCCAUCCUCUACACGAACGGCACUUACACCAUCGAUGGCGGGGACGAGGUGUCCUUUGGCUACACCCCCGGCACUCCAGGGGAUUGGAAGAACGUCAGCCUCCCGCUCUGGGCUGUCAACUUCAACACCACAGACGCUGCCAAUGGCUGCGAUCCGUACCCGGCAGACACACCGGACCUUUCUGGCCACGUUGUUCUGGUCCGACGAGGCACUUGCACAUUCGUCCAGAAGGCCUCAAACGCUGCGGCGCAUGGCGCUAAAUACGUCAUGUUCUACAACAAUGUUCCCGGCACCAUCGCAGCCGACGCCGCAGGCACCAAGGGCAUCACAGCCAUCGGCAUGGUCACGGGCGAGCAGGGCGAGUCGUGGAUCAAGCAGCUGGCCGCCGGCACCAAGAUCGUCAUCAGCACCACCGACCCCAUGACGGCGCCAAAGACACUUGUCAACAGCGACAACUUCAUGACCCCGGGCUAUCUCAGCACCUUCACCUCGUGGGGCCCGACGAACGAGGCCGAGAUCAAGCCGCAGUUCUCGGCGCCCGGAGGCCUGAUUCUCUCCACUUACCCGCUGCCACUGGGCGGCUAUGCCGUCGUCUCGGGCACGUCGAUGGCCUGCCCCAUGACAGCGGCCAUCUACGCGCUCAUCAUGAAUGUGCGCAAGACAAAGGACCCCAGGGUGAUCGAGAGCGUGCUUUCGGCCACGGCGAACCCCAACAUCUUCCACAAUGGCCUGUCGCCGUCCCGGUUCCUGGCACCCGUUCCUCAGCAGGGCGCGGGCCUGAUCCAGGCGCACGAUGCCGCCCACGCGACGAGCCUGCUCAGCGUCAGCAGCCUGGCGUUCAACGACACCGACAACCACAUCCCCAUGCAGAACUUCACCAUCUCCAACACGGGCAGGACGUCCAUCGUGUACAAGCUGAGCAACGUGCUCGCCGCGACGGCCUACACUUAUGCCAACGACAGCACCAUCUUCCCGGACACCUUCCCCAACGACAUGGUGACCUCGGGCGCGUCCAUAGCCUUCGGGCCGAGCGAGUCCGUCACGAUCCCCGCGGGCCAGCGACGCGUCAUUUCCGUGUCGCCAAAGCCGCCGGCCGACGUCGACCCGAAGCGCCUGGCCGUGUACUCGGGCUACAUCGCGAUCAACGGGUCGGACGGCUCGUCGCUGUCGCUGCCGUACAUGGGCGUCGUCGGCUCGCUGCACAAGGCGACGGUGCUCGACCCGUCCGACACGUACCUGUCGGACAGCAGGGCCCGCGGCCCGGGCGGCAGCGCCACAGACCGCCCGCCGCGCGCGGCCGGCAACACGACGUUCGUGCUGCCGCCGCCGGGCCACGCCAACGACACGGGGUACGCCAACUCGUCGCUGCCGCAGAUCAACGUCAACCUGGCCAUGGGCAGCCCGCUGGUGCGCGUCGACGUGGUGCCCGUGCUGCUGUGCCGCAACGCGAGCAUGGCGCACGACGCGCUGGGGGUCAUGUCCCUGGGCCAGCCGCCCGAGUACCCGGUCGAGUACGCGUCGCGGGGCUCGUUCAGCACGACGUGGGACGGCAAGCUGGGCGGCGGCGACGUCGGCGGCGGCAAGGAGAAGGAAGGGGUGUACGCGCCGCCGGGGACGUACAAGUUUGUGGUGCGGGCGCUGCACAUCUUUGGGGACAAAGGCGAGGCGGCCGAGUACGACGUGGCCGAGACGGUGCCAUUCCGGAUACGGCGGCGCAUCAUCACCGUCGUCUUGGCCAUCACCGGCCUCGCGCUGCUCGUCUACAUCGUCACCAGCCUCUAUGACUUUGCCAACCUCUUCGGCAUCUUCAAACCGCACUCGGGCAUCCGCAUCUCCCAGGAGGGCGUCGAGCUGCUGCACAGCCAGACCACCCCGGACCCCCGACCCCGGCAACGAGACGCUGCCGGCGCACUGGCAGGAGGCGCGGCAGACCUGCAUCGAUCUCAACCCGGAUUGGGAACACAAGGUGAGCAAUUCUACAUCUACGGCUGCGCUCAGGACCCUGCUCUUGCGCGAUCAGAAGACUUGGCGGAGGUUGCGCAAAAACAGUCUGCUAACCUUGCACAAUCCGACGCUAAGCUUUGGUUCACCGACAACUCCCACAAGUUCCUAGAAGAACACUUCCCUUGGUUCGUCAAGACCUACGACGGCUACAAGUUUCCCAUCCAGCGCGUCGAUGUCUUGAGGUACUUCCUCCUGCGCCACUAUGGUGGUAUCUACAUGGACAUGGACAACGGGUGUGCCGCGAGUCUCGAAGCAGUUACCUACAUCCCCGCAUUCACCACAGACGGUGGCCACGGCGCCCUCAGUAACAACAUCAUUGGUGGCCAGCCCGGCCACCCCUGGUUCAUGCUGCUCACCGAGAACCUGAUUCCCUGGAACUGGAACUGGUUUCUCCCCUACGUCAUCAUCAGCUAUAGCAGCGGCCAGUGGUUCGUCACCGCCAUGUUUGAGCGCUACCACCGGCUGCUGCAGUCCGACCACACCGUCAAGGGCUUCGAGGGUACCUGGGCACCCCUGCACCACGUCCUCAUGGACUCGCGCCCGGGCCACGACCCCUGGGUCUUCUGGACCCAAGUACAUGGCGGCACCUGGACCAACUGGGACAGCGCCAUGUUCGGAUGGAUUGGCGAGAACAUUCUCAUCAUCGUGGGCGGCGCCGUCGCUUUCGGAGCUCUCACGAUAUGGUGCUGCUGCCGUUGUUGCGCGCGGCAGAAGAAGUCGGACGGAUACAAACCUCUAGAGGGCCAGGAACUAGACCAUGUAUAG